AUGAGUGAACAAUUUCAAGGGCUAGUUUUUGAAGGAGGUGGCGAGAAGAAUGGGAUGGUAGUUGGUGUUGUGGGGAUGGAUGGCAUGGUAGGCAAUGUUGGCAUGCUAGGAAGCGGAGGGAUGGAUGGCAUGGUUGGCAUUGUCGGCAUGCUAGGAAGUGGAGGGAUGGAUGGCAGGGUAGGUAAUGUUGGCCUGCUAGGAAGUGGAGGUAGAGCUCCAGGCUUGGGUAACGAUGGUUGCGUUGUAGGCAAUGUUGGCAAUGUCGGUUGUGGGAGAUUGGGGAUAGAUGGCAAUGGUGGCAACGUUACUCCAGGCAAAGAUGGUGGCAUCUGGAGGAGAUGA